GGGAUUCCCCGAGGGAAGUUCCCAACUCCGCUAAGUAGGCUAUGUAAAAACACACACUUCGCCAUCUCUUCAGCCCCACUUCCUAACUCUGUGCGCGCGCGCGUGUCGCUUAUGUGCGUGCGUCUGCGUGUGUGAAGAAGAUCAUGUUGUCCACACAUUAAAUUUCGCCUUUAAUCCCCAAUGAAGGUCCCAUGUCUGCUCUGUCAGUGAUGAUUGCGGCGCACACGGCAUGGAGAGGAACAUUGGAGACCAGCUCAACAAAGCUUUCGAGGCUUAUCGCCAGGUCUCAAUUGAAAAGGACCAUGCCCAAAAGGAGCUGCAGCAAAUGACUGAAUAUUAUCAGCAAUACACUCAAGAACUGCAAAGGCAGAUCGAAGACCAGCAGCAGCUGAUUGGCCAACUGAAAGCUCAGCUGUCUGCAACAAGGCAACCAUCAGGGGAGACCAAAUGCGAGUCGUGCAACCAUCUCGUGGACGGGGCCACCGCACAUGGGAAAACACAGCAUCAGGAGACUCUCAGCACCGUUGCCCCGCUAAAGACUGUCACUAACUGUGUUGACUAUCAGGACAUGCUGGAUGCACUGGAAGCCAUUCAUGGAACUUUCCGGCAGAUUCGCUCUCUGUCCCGACGGCAAAAAGAUCACCUGAAGAGAUUCCGCGGUGGGAUGGAAACUGCAACUGAUCAGCAGUUCUCCAUGCCCAUCCAGUGCACAGACCGCGCGGCAGAACCCGAAGCACCCUUCUUCCUGGCGUCGAGGUCGACGCCGCACAUCCCGCUGGUGCCCACCUUGCUGGCGUCGCGCGGCGCCAGCCCCGACGACAGGGACUUUAUAGACUCGCUCUCCAAGUUCAGCGUGAAAUUCCCGCCUCCCGUGGACAGCGAAUACGACUUCCUGAACAGCGCUCCGGAGAGGCACGUUGCUCUGACCGUGCCCGUGAAGCGGCCCCUCAGCGGCAUCCCCGCGGCGACCAGCAACGAGGAGCGGGAGGGGGAGCAGGAGGGGGAGGAGGAGGAGGAGGAGCCCUCGGAACUGUCCGUGGCUUUUGUCAUCCCGACGUUCGCCUCCCACACGACGUCCUCCUCGCUCUCCCAGGAGGACGUUCGGGGCCCCCAGCAGGUGAGAAGCAGGUCUGAGAAAAGUAGUAGCAAAUUAUCGGUUUCCGCUUGCUCUUCGCUAAUGGAAGAGCGCGAGUGUGUGAAAAGUCCAAAGUGUGAGCCAGAUACGCACGAGGGUCGCGUUUUGACCCUCUUCGCGGCAGAGAUGGCGACGGCUCAGCGCAGCGUCCCGGAUAAAUGUGCCUUCUGCCACGCCGUGGUUCCUCAGGAGCAAAUGAACAGCCACCUCUACUCACAUUUCUCGCCUUCGGAUGAAACGCAUCGCUGACUUUGCUCGCAAACCAGCCCAGAGACUUCAUGUAAGCGUGGCCCGAGCGCCGCCCGCCGCAAUGUACGUUCACUGUACGGGACACCGCAAUGAGACUUGAAUCCAUCUUAUUUAAUAUUGAAGAAUUGAAUGGUACAGUCCCCCGCCCCCCAUAUAUUUGUUUUUUUUCUAAUAGGCCUCCAGCUGAGACUUAAUGAUGAUGCAUAAUGAGGAAAUAAAGCCUGCGAUGAAUCUUUUCUUGUAAGGUG